UUUUCAAUGUGUUCCCCUUUUUAAAAAAUUGUGAUUUAAAAAGUACAACAACUAUAUAUAAUAAAUAAAUAAAUAUUUGGAAUCUGAAGUCAGUGUAAUGAAUUUCUUCGUAAUCUGCUUUUUAAUUAUGCAAGCGUCAAGACUGACGUGCGGGACGUGCGUUUUCGAAUCUGAUUUUGGGUUUGUACUUAAUUGUAAUUUCAAAAAAUCUGGACUGUUUCGAGUACGGAAUUUGGGAGGCCUAAAAGCACAUUUUGGUUUAGGUUUCAGUCUGGGCGAUGAACUUGGAUUCGCGGAGUCUCUUGGAAAUUUGGAGGGUGGUAAACGCCGUGCUAUAAAUUUUAAAAAUGGACCACCUAAUUUAGUUGGAGUACUCCCAGCAUCGCAACAAACUUAUUCUCAAAAUUCGAAAUCAGAGAAACGUAUUAUUUCGCGUUCGACAGGCACCCAAUCGUUUACUGUACCAUUUUAUGCACAAACUGUUAAAAAGCCAGCACCUGUGUCUUUAAUGACUGAAGCGAAGCCUUUACCACUAGGUGUACCUGCCUUUCGCCCUAUACCGAAGUCUGCAGUAAAAGUACCGAUAGCUCAAAGGCGCUCAAGCAUAGCUGUAGAUACUCAAAAUCCACGCGUUAGCAUUAAUAACAAAUUAGUUGAGAGUGCUCCUAUGUUGGCGAACGAAAAUCGUACUUACCAUGUUAUGAACCCUGUAGUUGCUGAGUCCGCAACUAGUAUUCUACAAUCUAAGCAAACAAGUGCUUUGACAGUGCCCGUAUUUCAAGCAAUGCCUAACUCCAUAUCUAGAAUAUAUUCACAAAAAAGCGAAGGAUAUAAUCAAGAGCACAAACAUCCGAAUUACUUACAAUUUGAGGAACCAAAAUUCGAUUUAAAAGAUGUAACUGUUGAAGAAUUGGCAGCUACAGCUAAUGUUAGUGUUGAGACCAUUAAACAUGCAAUCUUUGUGCGUGAACAGCAAAUGAAGGCUGAACACCGUGCAUUAUUGGCUUCUAAACUGCGUCAGGAAUUUUACCGCACAUCAACAUCAACAUCAACGACAAGCACAACUACACCGAAACCAAAUGUUAAUGCAAUAGGCAGUCCUUCAAUACAAAAGCCGCAAUUAAAUCCAAAUGUCGCUUAUGAAAAUAAAGCAUCGCAGGUUAUGAAUGCACCGAAGGAAUAUUAUCCAGUCGGUUAUGACAAAAAUUUUGAUGAUAACUUCAAAUCAAAAGUUGAUUUACCACCAACAACUUUCAUAUGUAGCAAACAAAAGCACUUCCCUGGCUUGUAUGCAGACACUGACCUUGGUUGUAUGGUUUUUCAUGUUUGUGCGCUUACUGACGACGGCCUAGUUCGAAAGUCUUUUCUGUGCCCGGAAAAUACUUUAUUCGACCAAACGAUACUAAAGUGCAAUUGGUGGUUCUAUGUCGAUUGUAAAUCAAGCAGGAGCGUCUAUGACUCAAAUAUCCCAAUUUCAAAAAGUUAUCAAUUGAUGAAAUCCCUUACGUAUUUUUCAAAAUACAACAAUCAGGCAGAAAAUAAUAACGAGAGUGCAAUCUUGAAUAUGCAGGUUUUGCAAGACACAAUGGCUGCAUCUGAACGCAAAAUUGAUGAAAACAGCAAACAGAAACUAACAACCACAACGGAUGCUGCGUUGAUUAUUGAAGAACUUAAAAAUUCGAGAGAACAAACAAAUACAAAAUAGGCACAAAUGCAAAAGAAAUUUAGUGUAGAUUUAUAUUAGCGAUGUAAUUUUAGAAGAACAACUUUCUACAAAUAAAAAGUUGUCCGAGUUGUCAAAGUAGUCAUCUUAAAAUGAACCUAAUAUUGUUAAAAGAUAAUUUUAAAUUUAAAUUUAA